GUCGGAGUAGGACGCGUAAAAGCCUACUACCGGUCGCUUUCCCGAUCGCGCAGGAAAAAGAAGCGAAGACGAGGGAGAAACUCGACGGAGCCGCGCCGCGGGGAAAGUAUCGGCGUAACGGAAGGAAGCGCGACGCAGUGACGCACUCGUGUAGCUUUGGCGAAGGUCUCCUCUAUAUCUCCGGAACCUGCUCGGUGAAACCCGCCGCGGGUUUCGUGAAGUUGAAAAAUCGCGAAGGCCGCGAAUCGCGCCGUCGGCCUCGCGGCCCCCUCGAAAACGUCGCGAGACUCUAACGUGGUGGUCCAAACGAUCCCGGCGCUUCCCCGACGCACCGGCGACCACGGGACGCGAGUGCUCGUGCGUCCGAUCGACGCGAGUCGACGCGCAAGCGGUCAAGACGAGCGGGUGCGAAUUCUGCUGGGACCUCAAUUUAGUGGACCUCGACCUCCCGUGGGCAUCCAGGCCGAAUCGGACGCGACGAUGGGUUCGAAGGACGAGUGGGACUACUUCCGCAACGGACCCAGUACGUGGGUGACGAAAUUCCCGAUGGCAGCCGGCUCCAGGCAGAGCCCGGUGAACAUCGAGACCAAACGGGUGGAAUCCGAUCACGAGGCUCUGAGCAGCAAGCCCCUGCGUUGGAAGUAUCCCGCCACAGCGUCCCGGAAGCUGGUCAAUCCCGGUUACUGCUGGCGGGUGGACACCGACGGCGAGGGCACGUUUUUGAGCGGCGGACCGCUGAUGGACGAUGUCUACAAACUCGAGCAGUAUCACUGUCACUGGGGAUGCAGCGAUUCCAGGGGAUCCGAGCAUACGGUCGACGGGCAAGCCUUCGCCGGAGAGCUACAUCUUGUGCACUGGAACACCAGCAAGUACAAGACCUUCGCCGAAGCCGCGAAAGCUUCUGACGGGCUGGCCGUUCUGGGAGUCUUCCUUAAGGUCGGCAAGACUCACGAAGAAAUGGACAAGAUCGCGCGGCUGCUGCCGUACGUCUCGCACAAGGACGAGGUCGUGGAAAUUACGGAACCUAUCGACCCCGGUAAACUUCUUCCCGACGACAACGGAUACUGGACGUACUUGGGCUCCCUGACGACGCCGCCGUGCAACGAGAGCGUCACUUGGAUCCUCUUCAAAAAGUACAUCGAGGUGUCCCAUCAUCAGCUCAACAUCUUCCGCAAUCUGCGAAAGUUCCCACGUGGCGAGGAGUGCCCGUGCCACGAGAAUCACGGAGUGGUGAUCAACAACUUCCGUCCACCGUUGCCGCUGGGAAAUCGCGUGCUGCGGGAGUGUGGCAGCUUCUGAGGGUCGGCCCCCGCCCGGAAGAUGAGACGGGACGAGAGAGACAGAAAGCGACAGAGGACCGGAUGACUUCCGUUUCCCUCCCCGUGUUGUUUUGCGAACCAACGACCCCGUAGCGACGACCGAUGAUGUGAGCCGCUAUAACGAACCGCCAGCGUUCAACGUGUGCCUUUCGAUUAAAUCAACGAAGACUCGUCCCGCCGAAGCUGUGCAGCCUCUCGUUGCUUUCUCGUAAUCGACUCCGAGUCGUUGACGGGGACUUCCGCCGCGAGCAGGAGGUCUCCUGCUCGCGGAGACGGAUCAAGAAUACUUGAAUAGCUUUAGCUCGCGCGCGGUGCGUGCCGCGAGAGCCCGCCGCAUGUUCUUUGACGCAAUUAUAUAUACAUGCAAGCUAAGUAGAUCUUAGAAUCUAACCGGCAUACCGUUAUCAAAUAAUCACUGCGAAUCACCGGAAGACCGCAAAACCAAAAA